CCACCGACAUCCAGUCAGCUGUUGGCGUCUGUCAUGUGUGGAUGUACGAGCGCGCGUUGUGAAGUGCAAGUGUUACUGAAGGCUUCGAAUAACUAACUCAUAUACACCAGUAACUGUAAUUGGGAAUGUCUCGAGGUAGAUUUUGGUGCCAGCAGCAUUAAUUACGUCUCAACACAGCUUACACCGCCAAAAUGGGGGAUGAAUCUAGUGUCCGCGUAGCUAUCAGGAUUCGGCCUCAGAUAGCCCGGGAGCUGAUAGAGAUGUGUCGGGUGUGUACCAGUGUGACGCCGGGGGAGCCACAGGUGUGGCUAGGCUCCGACAAGGCCUUCACAUACGACUAUGUCUUCGACAUGGGCACCAACCAGAGCCAGGUGUACACCACCUGCGUCGAGGGGCUCGUCGAGGGAUGCUUCGAGGGAUAUAACGCCACAGUCCUCGCAUAUGGUCAGACGGGGUCGGGUAAGACAUACACGAUGGGCACGGGGCUGGAGGUUGACAAUGGGGAGGACGUAGUGGGCAUCAUCCCGCGCGCCGUCCAUCACCUCUUCAGGGGCAUCGAGGAGCGCAGAGCCGCGGCCCAAGAGUCCGACACGCCGCCCCCAGACUUCAAGGUCACCGCUCACUUUAUGGAGCUUUACAACGAGGAGAUUAUCGACCUCUUCGAGCCUAGUUUUAAGGGAAGUGGCAAGGGCGGCAUCCGCAUACACGAGGAUGCUGGGGGAGGGAUAUAUGUCACCGGCGUCAGCACCCGCAAUGUGUCGUCGCUGGAGGAGACGAUGCAGUGCCUUCGUGCUGGGGCCUUGUCGCGAACUACAGGCUCCACCAACAUGAACACCCAGUCUUCCAGGUCACAUGCCAUCUUUACGCUUCUAGUCAAGCAGCAGAGAAUUGCUCCUGUACAGGAUGUUGAAAACCCUGAAGAUAUCCCAGAGUUUGAGACACUAACGGCCAAAUUUCAUUUUGUUGAUCUGGCUGGAUCUGAGCGUCUGAAGAGAACAGGUGCCACCGGGGAGAGAGCAAGGGAGGGUAUAUCAAUCAACUGUGGCCUUCUGGCUUUAGGAAAUGUAAUCUCUGCAUUGGGUGAUGUUAGCAAAAGGGCAUCCCAUGUACCGUACAGAGAUUCUAAACUUACACGACUUCUACAAGAUUCCCUUGGAGGUAAUAGUCAGACGCUUAUGAUAGCAUGCAUUUCUCCGAGUGACACAGACUUCAUGGAGACCCUCAACACUUUAAAAUAUGCUAAUCGUGCACGCAACAUUAAGAACAGAGUAAUGGUUAAUCAAGAUAAGGCCAGUAAGGCAAUUGCUAUAUUGAGGCAGGAAAUUCAGCAGCUUCGCAUUGAAUUGAUGGAAUAUAAACAGGGUAAACGGGUUGUAGGUGAAGAUGGCUCCGAGGCUGUCAAUGAUAUGUAUCACGAGAACCAGAUGCUUUCUUCAGAAAUCAACAACAUGAGGACCCGAAUUAAAGCAUUACAAGAAACUGUUGAAGUGCUAACAGCUAAAAACACAAUGCUAUUGGCAGAGAAGGCCACUAGUGGCUGGAUUACCUCAGGUGAAGACUCAGACAUGGCCACAGUUGUGCAGGGAUACCUCAAAGAGAUUGAAGACCUAAGAGCCAAAUUGUGUGAAAGUGAAAAUCUCUGUCAGCAGCUACGUAAACAAGUUAAUAAUCGAGCUAAUAACGUUGGCAGACUGUCAAUGUCACCUGUACAUGUUCCUAUGUCUGGUUCCAUGAUUGGUUGUUUGGAGGAGACUACACAGAGCUUCGCAGAACUAAUAGAAGAAGCCAAGCGAGACUUGAACAAAGAUCUUCAGGCCAUGGAGAGGAAGAAGAGGCUAUCAGAAGGGUCUGGCUCAGCUGAUGAUGAUGAUGAUAAUAAUGAGGAUGAAGAAGGUGAUACUGAAGAAAAUGAGGAGGAAGUAGAAAGUUCUGAUGAAAGUGGGGAGGAUAAAGAUGACGAUGACGACACUGAUAUUGAAGAGGAAUCAGAGAACUAUAAUGAAGAGCUGGCAGACUUGACCAGUGAGAUAUCGAUAAAGCAGAAACUCAUUGAAGGGUUGGAACAGAGUCAGCGGCGCCUUGAGACCAUGCGACUACAGUAUGAGGAUAAACUAAACGUUCUAAUGAACAAAAUAAGGGCAACACAGGAGGAGAGGGACAAGGUACUUGCCAAUAUCAAAUCAAGUAGCUCUGUUGGUGAUGAUAAAGUCAAGACAGUGAAACAGGAAUAUGAAAGAAAGAUAAACAACAUGCAGCAUGAAUUAAAGAAGUUACAAGCUGCUCAGAAAGAGCAUGCAAAAUUGAUGAAGGAACGGUCACAGCACGAGAGGCAGCUACGCACUCUUAAGGGCGAUUUAGCAGAAAUGAAGAAAACCAAAGUUAGGCUUAUGAACAAAAUGAAGGAUGAUAACAAUAGAGCUAAACAAGAACAACUCAUAAAAAAUAAGGAAAUUGCACAGCUACGUAAGGCUUCGCGUAAACAAGAGACGUACAUAAAAAGCUUGGAGGCAGAGAAUAGAUUGAAAAAUACCGUAUUGAAACGUAAAACAGAAGAGCUAGCUGUGUUAAAGAAGGCUCCAAGACAUGGAUUAAGCAGCAAGGCAUCAGGAAGACUAAGGAAAAAAGCUGGUAUUGGACUACAACACACAGCAUUCUCCCCCAAGGUGGCGAAACAAAAGUGGCAGAAUCUUGAACAAAGUAUCAAUAAAGUGGCCUACAACAAACAGACAGUCAGUAGUAUGGAGCGAGACAUGGAAAGGUGGCUUAAAGAACGAGAGUCUCUAAGUCGGCAACUAGAGCGUGUUAUGAGGAAACGUGAAAGAGCAGAUCCAACAGAUCGAACUGCAUAUAAUGAUUUAAAUGACCAGGUGGAAGCUCUCAAAGCAAACAUUGAUUACAUACAUGAAAACAUUCAAGAGUGCCAGGAGAAUAUAAUGAGUAUGGAGGAAAGUAAGGAGCAGUCAGAACUGCUUCAUACAGACACUAUGACUGCUGGAUUAGGUACAGAAGAAUCUCACUACCUCAUUAACAAGCUGAUCAGCAUGACGGUUAACCAAGCUACUAUUGCAGCACAGAGGCAAGCAGCAAUAUCAGAACUGGAAGGCAAAAUGAAACAAAUGGAACAAACUACAAGUGUUCAAGAGCAGCUCUUAGCACAUGUGCUCGGUGACAAGGAUCUUGAGGUGUACAGUUUAAUGUCAUCACUUGUGGCGGCAGAGGACAACACACCAGCAUCCACAGAGUCAUCUCGAUCAAAUUCUCCAACAGAUGGGCGGGACAAAGCGCGGCGCAAAACUGCCACCACAGAGGAUAUGUUAUUCACCAAUGGCUCAGAGAAGAAUGGGAAUGCAAGUGGCACCGACGUCAGCGCGAACACCACACCAGCAGGAACCAUUGUUGGCGCAAUGCCUAUUGUGUCACUGGAACGAUUAGCUGUGGAGCGUGUUAGUUCAGAUCGAUCGAUCCCAGAUCGAAUGUCUUCAAGUUUGGGAAUGGAUCGUAUGGCAACCAGUUUGGAAGGAGUUUUAAGUGACGAUGGUCUGCUAAUGCCUCCACCGUCUGGCAGUCAGAGAGCUGUACCUAGAGUAACAUCAGCUCCAAAUGCUCUUAAGAAUCUGAUGUCCAAUCGACCUGACAAAGCAUCACCAAUUCUUAGUCGCAAGUCAUAUGAUCGACAAGAAUCCACUUCUCCCCGACUGGGUAGAAGGUCCCUCACUUCUCUUAGCACCUCAAAUCUAAAUUAUUCACGACAAAAUUCUGCAGACAACAAUCCAGAAAUGACCCCACCAACUUCUCCAACCACAUAUCGACGUUCCACGUCUAGGGAAGAAAAUGUUUUCUCUCGCUUAACCUCGGCCACAUCAUCAACACGAGAGUCUCGGCCAAACACAGGUGUCAUUAAUCCUCAUGCUGGAAGGGCAAGUCAGAGGUCAGUGUUAGCAUGCACACACGUUGCUCAGGGCCACUCCAAAGCUGUGUUGUCAGUGUAUGCAACUGAUGAUCUUCUCUUCUCAGCAUCUAAAGAUCGCACUGUCAAAAUGUGGGAUUUAGUUCGGGGUCAAGAAAUCCAGUCGCUAGGUGGUCAUCCCAAUAAUGUUAAUUGUGUUAGAUAUUGUGAAGCUCAACAUACAUGUUUCUCCGUGUCCUCGUCAUUUAUCAAGGUAUGGGAUAUCCGUGAAAACCCAGCCAAAUGUACCAAGACACUCAGCUCUGCAGGGUUAACAUCAACUGGGUUUACACAGGUGAACACUCAGUCACGAACUCUUCAAAUGCCGCCAGGAGAAACAUUAAUUACUGAUAUUGCCAUAUCUACAUCAUCAAAUAUUCUAUACUCGGCAGCAGGAAAUAUAGUCAGAAUUUGGGACCUAAGGAAACACACAGCUGUGGGUAAAUUAGCAGGAGGGCACCAAGCAGCUGUCAUGUGUUUGGCUGUAGAUUCAACUGUCCCAGGUCAAGAUGUAAUUGCAACAGGAUCUAAAGACCACUACAUUAAGGUAUUUGAUGUGACUGCCAGUAACUCUGGUCUGCUUAACCCAAGGCUCAAUCUGGAUCCGCCACAACAGUGGGGCCUUGAUUUACGAUGGUAA